GGGGGAGGAGGAGCCGGGCCCCGGGUCCUGUGCCUGCCCGGGAGGCGCGGCGGGCGAGCGGGGCACAGCCGGAGGGUGCCGGGGCACGGCCGGAGGGUGCCGGGGCUCCGCUCUGCCUGCCCUUGGGCAGGGGCUCAUGGAGGAGGCCCGGCGCCGCCUGAGGCGGUUCGAUGUUGGGGACAAGUUCUCCCGCUUGCCGCUGCCCAGAGCCACCGUGCUGCUGCCGCUCAUGGUGCGGGGGGCACGGCUGCACCUGCUGCUCACCGUCCGGUCCAUGCAGCUGAGAAGAUCACCAGGGGAAGUGUGUUUUCCAGGAGGUAAAAGUGAAGCCACUGAUAAAGAUGAUAUUGACACUGCUCUCCAAGAAGCUAAAGAAGAAGUGGGUCUUCAGCCGGAGAAGGUGGAAGUCAUCUGUAGGCUGAUGCCUGGAAUUGAUAAAAUGAAUAACUUGGUGACACCAGCUGUAGGAUUUAUAGAGGACACAUUCCAGGUCACUCCUAAUCCAGAUGAAGUGAGCGAGGUUUUUGUUGUGCCUUUGGAGUACUUUGUCAAGCCCUUAAAUUACAAGACCUUCUCUUACCAAACCUCCUCAGGUUAUUUAACUCAGAUACACUGCUUUACAUAUGAUGACCAGGAACGUAAAAGGUCAUUCAAGAUACGGGGACUGACUGCACACUUUGCUGUAUUUCUUGCUCUUGUAAUUUUUGGAGAGAGACCUACCUUUGAAGUGGAUUAUGAUCUUGACAACUUAAUGUCAUCCUCCGAGAAUAACUUCAUUAAUUUGUAUGCAUCUAUAUAUGAAAGAAAGAAGAGUAACCUGUGAUAACUUGGUCUGGCAAUUCAUUUCUUUUGAAAGAGGAAAAAUGAGGUUUGUUUAUUUCCUUUGUACCUAUUUUUUGAAAGCUACACUUGAAUUUCUUCUAUAUUGGGAACUUCAAGUUGACAGUCCCUAGCUAGAUUAAUACAAUUUU